GUAACUGGACAACACACAGAGCAGAUUGAGGGAUUUCAUUUAAAGCCAAACCUAAUAUAAUAUGCAUUACGGCCAAAAAUAAUACGUAUACACAAAGAGACAGAAAAGAAAGAGCAACAGCGACAGCAUCGCAGACAGAGGCUGGAGCCUGUGUAUAGACACUUUGUCUAUCUGCCCAUCUGUGGUUCUGUGGAGAAGCCCUGACCUCUUUCCUUCAGGGUAUACGGUCUACAACAGACCUUCACCCCGUCCUCUGCCACGUGAUCUAAGUGGACAGAUGAUAGUGCCACCUCCUAAAACUGUUGCCACAAAGACAGCGAGGAGGAAGUAGACUGGUGCCAAACCGUGCCUCAUAAGUGUCUGAGGCUGGGUAGUGAGAGGUCAGCUGUUUGAGAUAUGCCCUCACCCCCCAAUGAUGGAGACGAUCAAGGAACGUCCCCCAUGAACAUGCCACCAACACUGUCUAAUCAGAAUGGAGUAAAAAGGAAGGUCCACACCAAGAAGAAGAAGAAGGGUUUCAUCACAGCCAAUGUUGCUGGAACAAAAUAUGAGAUUGUUCGUAUUGUCAUUGAGGAGAUGAUCUUUCAUAAAGCCAGAGAUGAUGAUGAGAUGGCCAAUCUCAUCUGGAACGACUCUUCCGUGCAACAUGAGAAAAUCGCUGAGCUCAGGAACUAUCAGAGGAUAAACCAUUUCCCAGGAAUGGGUGAGAUCUGUCGGAAAGACUGCUUGGCACGGAACAUGGCCAAAAUGAUUAAAAGUCAGCCUCAGGAAUAUAGCUUCAUCCCCAAAACCUGGAUCUUCCCAGCCGAAUGCACGCAGUUCCAGAAUUAUGUAAAGGAGUUGAAACGAAAACGUAAGCAGAAAACGUUCAUCGUUAAGCCUGCGAAUGGAGCCAUGGGCCAUGGGAUAUCUCUGAUUCGCAAUUAUGAAAAGCUCCCGGUGCAGGAUCACUUCAUUGUGCAGGAAUACUUAGACAAGCCCUUCCUCAUGGAGGGCUACAAGUUUGACUUGAGAUUCUACAUUCUUGUUACUUCCUGUGAUCCACUACGUGUCUUCCUCUACAACGACGGCCUGGUGCGAAUGGGUACAGAGAAAUACCACACGCCAAACGAGUCCAACUUGAUCAAUCGUGCCCCGAGUUUUGGGACAGAUCAAAAGAUUGAUUACGAUGUGAAGAAGGGGGUUUUGAUCAACACCCUGAAACUGCUCAACAUCAGAGCGAGCGAUAAACGACGGAAUUUGGCCCAGCAGAAGGCAGAAGCCCAGCGACGGCUGUAUGGACAGGGAUCAAUGCGCAAACUGACGGCUGGAUCAUCGGAAUGGGAGAGACAACGCCACCUACUGGAGCGCAGGAGAGAAGAGCUGAAAGAAAGACUGGCCCAAGUCCGCAAGCAGGUCUCCAGGGACGAGCACGAAAAGCGGCACCUGGGGAACUAUAGACGUAUUUACCCCCCAGAUGACAAGCUGCUCUUGGAGAAAUAUGAGAGUCUCCUUUCAGCUGCCUUUCAGACAUUCCUCGCUGGGCGAGCAGCUUCACUUCAAAAGGAAAUGAAUAAUCCACUGAAACGAAUGAAGGCAUACGUCCAGGCUGUUCUGUCCCAUCAAAUUCAUCCCAAGAGGAGAGUGCAAGCUGAGUUUCAGGAAGACUUGAAUAAACUCCAGGGUAUCGUAAAGGAAUCUGCAGGAAGCUCAAGCAGCAGUCAGUGUGAAUGUGCCACUGUUGUGGAAGAGCAAGAUAUCCUAGACCUCCUGGAGCAGUGUGAACUGGAUGAUGAGAAACUGAUGGGAAAAACCACCAAACAAAAAGGACCUAAGGUCCUGUCAUCCAUGCCUGAGAGCAGCCCGAUGCCCCGAGGGCACAGGGAGCCUGAAGACUCUUCGGCCAGCUGCAGCGACAGCAGCUCUGCUUCCGACGCUGAUGGAGAAGAUGAGAGCAGCAGCAUCACGCAAGAGAAAUUCAAUCGCCCAGAACGCUCCAGUCGUGUUCAUUGGAAACCUGCCCCUAAACCAAUGCGAGGUCCUUCCUCCUCGCCCAAUCUUUCCGGGCUCAUCCGCCGCUCCAUGUCCUGUCCGCGCUCCAUAUCCUCUCUGACUGCGCAGUCACCUACCAAUGAGACCAGACGGCCAAAAACAGCCACUCACAUGGCUAAUGCAUCGACUGCGGCCGCUCAAACAGCAGCCACCAUAACGCAGAUGACCCCGAUUCGAUCCCACAUGGCAUGUCGCUCCCAUUCGCUCAGUCGCAACAGUUCUACAAACAGAGUUCCACACAGCAGCAGUCUAGGUGCCAUUCACCCCAAUACGGGGGAGACCCUGCUGAGUAAAGAGCAGGAGGCCGAGCUGAUGCAGCAGACACUGGCUGCGCUCGGGGAGAUGAGGAUUCGUUACCCGGGGAAGAGCGAGGAGGAGGCCGAGGCUGUGUUGGAUGAGAUUCUGAACAACUGGAAAUACCAUAAACCAAAAGUGGCGUCUUACUGGCUGGUGAAGUUAGAUGCCACCAAACAAAGAAAGGUUUUGGAUAUUGUCCAUACCAACAUCCGCUCAGUGCUUCAGAGGAUUUGGAGUGAACCAGAUGUGGAGAGUCUACGACUUUAUCGCCUUUUCAACCGCGUGUUUAACCGUCUGCUCUGGAGUCAUGGUCAGGGGCUCUGGAACUGCCUUUCCAGCUCUGGGUCAUCAUGGGAGAGUGUUUUCAGUAAGAGCAGUGAGGUGGUGACCGCGCAGGAGCUGAGGUGCUGCCAGCGUGUCGUACAGUUGUGCAGAGACUGUCUGCUUGUAGUCUACAAGUUUGUGGCUGACUCCCGUGGUUCUCUCAGUGGACUUAGCCCAGACUGGGACGACACAAGGUAUCUGCUGCCAGUCACCUCCCAGUUCAUCAUCAAGUGGCCGUCAUCUAGCUUCGGCCGCUCGGCGUCCUCCAGUCGCCCCCGCAGCGUCUUUACCGCACGGAUGGGUCACUUCUGAUGGCCACUGGACUCCGACACCUGCUGGGGGAGACCAUAUCCAGACUUAAGAUAUCCAGACCUAAGGGCAUAACGUCUGGGACCUCCGCAAACUCCAGCAGCAUAUUUAAGGGGAUCUGCACGCCUGCAUUGUUAAUGCAUCAGAUGCAUAUGAUCGAGCAGUUUCUGCCUCCUGUCCGCUGCUGGAAUCAGAAAAGGUCAUGUUCACUUUUUUUUUGCUUUGACCAUGGUGUUAUUUCUAUCACACAGUUUUUCCCUAAAUCAUUUUAUUGAUUAAUAUAUAACAUGAUGUCACUUUCUUAAUAUUCACUUUAUAUUUUAGCUAAUUUA